CUGCUAAUUGAUUUCUUAUUAAAGCAAACAAAACUAGCCUAUAUGUACUAUAAGUUUUAGAGAGUUGCAAGUAACUGAAUAGUUUAAACAAAUUGAGGAGAGGAAAAGCUUCAUAAAAAAGAAGCAGAGCAAUCAAAUUAAGCAAGAAAGAUAAUAUGCAGAUGAAAGUUGAUAUGAUAGCAAAAGAGAGAAUCAAACCCUCUUCUCCAACUCCUUAUAAUCUUAAGAACUUCAAACUCUCUCUUUUGGAUCAGAUUCAACCUCCAAUCUAUGGCCUUAUCAUCUUCUUCUACUCUGCCGAUGACACCAAAACCAACUGUGCUUACUACUCCAAACGCUUGAAGAAUUCUCUCUCUCAGACCCUAACUUCUUUCUAUCCAAUGGCAGGCCGUCUCAACAACGACACUUCUGUGGAUUGCAGCGACGAAGGAGCUCUUUUCGUUGAAGCCAACAUAGCUUGCAAUCUUUCUGAUAUUCUCACCCAACCUGAAGCUGAGUUGCUCAACCAUUUUCUUCCAACCAACGAUCCGAAAACCCUAGAACUAGCACCGGGUUGCAUAGCCCUUAUCCAACUCACAAGCUUUCAAUGCGGAGGGAUCGCCAUUAGCGUGUGUCUUUCCCACAAGCUUUUCGAUGUAUCCUCUCUGCUUACCAUCCUUCAUGGCUGGACUUCCACCGCACGUGGUUCAGGCGAAGCAGUGCUGCGGGUGCCGCCAGUGUUCGUCGGAGACUCUUUGCUGAAGACGAGAGAAUUAUCAUCCUUCAUGUCACGACCAAACCUCAUGCCACCUCCAGGAAAGUUGAGGACGAAGAGGUUCGUUUUCGAAGCUUCAAAGAUUGCCAAUCUCAAGGUCGAAGUUGGUCUAAUUGGGAAACUGUACCCGUCCCGUGUUGAAGUGGUUUCGGCUCUGAUCUUGAAAACGGCAAUGGCUGCUUCUCGAUCAAUGACAGGAUCGUCAUCGUCCUCGAGACCGUCGGUGCUGUUUCAGGCAGUGGAUUUAAGAAGAAGGAUGAAGCCGCCUUUACCUGACAACUCCAUUGGGAACCUUUUCUGGGUGGUUCCUGUGGUUAUAAAUGAAAGCGAGAUGGAUUUGAGAACGAUGGUGUGGAAGAUGAAGGAAGCAGUGGACGACUUUAGCAAGAUUGCAACCAAGUUUAAAGGAGAAGAAGGUUUCUCAAUAAUCAGUGAGUUUUUCAAAGGGAGAGAAGUUUUUAAGGAAAUGGAACGUUAUAGCUGCACAAGUUGGUGUAAAUUUCCAUUGUAUGAAACUGAUUUCGGAUUUGGAAAGCCUGUGUGGGUAAGUAGCACGAGUAUAGCAUUCAAGAACACAAUAGUUUUGGUGGAUACCAAACAAGGUGAUGGAAUCGAAGCUUGGGUUACAUUGGAGGAAGAAAAUAUGUCUCUCUUUGAAGAAAAAUUAUUCCUGAUUUAAUUUCCGAUUGAUUUCCUUCUCGUAUAUGAUAAAAUUAUAAUUUCUUAUUUGUUAAUGUUUUGAAUAUUUUUUUUCUUUCUUACUGUAAUCUCAAUUAAUGUUGUUUGUGGAAUA